AUGCUGGAGGCGCAUCUGCUGCCGCGCCGACGCGGCGUAGAGGCAGCGAACGCGUCACAGCUGGCUUUUCCACAGCUGCUACAGUCGUUGGAUCCGCAAUCUUUCAAUCCUAUCACGCAGCACCCGUUCAUUGAGGACGAGCCCGUCCCGCCCACAUCCCUGCAGGACGAGGUGAUCCAGGUGCCGGAACAUUUGCUGCCUGCCACGGAAGACUUGCAUCACGACACGCUGCCGGUAGAGCAGCAUCCAUCGUAUCCUUUGGGCAAUGCCUACUGGAUCCAUCAUGCCCCGCAUACGCUUCAGCCUUCCGGAUCUUCACAGCCGAAGCUCGAUCCGCGUAUUUGUUCACACAUGUCGAUGCGCAUGCUGGCAAGCUCGCAAAAAGAAGCGCUAUGCUCUGUCGCUACCGGGUCUAUACAUGCUAAAUCUGCACUCGAGUCCCAUGACGAAGAGCCAGGGCCUUUGCCGUACAGCGUCGAUGCAGACGGCCAUGUUGCGCUCGCGCCCCACCUGCAAUGGCGAGCACAAAUGCAAACCACGUCGGCUGCCCCCACAUGGCCAUUUCAGCGCGUUGGUCCAGGGCCAUGUGAGCGAUCGUAUGCAUCCCUCUUCCGCGUGCCUGAAGAGCUGUCUCCGGACGUGAGUGUGUGGGCUGACCUCGCGCUGGAGGAGCUGGUGCCCCGCACCCGCCCAGACACGUACACAUUCCCAUCGUCCUUGGUGCAUCCAUAUACCCAGCCAGAUUCGGGCGAUCGAAAACGCCAGCGCCCUUCCGGUAUACCACCAUCACUGGGCAUCAAGACCCAGGUGCACGACGACGAAUGGUUCGCUGACGACGACCCACUGCACGACGCUGCUGAACUCGAUGCAGAUCUACUGGAUGAUACGAGCUUUGAAAAAGAACUCGAAGACUGGGUCACAGAAGAUAUGGCGAUAGAUCCACGCACCGCACCCAGUCGUCGCGUCUCCUCUGUCUGGAUGCGGGAAGAACAUGAAUUCCGACGCGCUAUUCUCUCCGUCUUUGAGCAGCGCGGCACACUCCGAAAGCGCCCCGCAUCCAUGUCGCCCAUGCCUCCCACUUCCUCUCGGAAACGCCGCUCACUCGUGCCCCAGAUGGCCGAGACCGCUCCUAUCGCGACUCAUACCUCCACGCCCCCACCGUGGAUUUGGGGCCAAAGUCGCUCACUGCGCGAUUCGGCUUCGUGA